ACAUUGAAUCAUUUGAUUUGAUUCAGUUCACUUCAGUCAGUUGCUGAGUCAAGUAUGAAGCUUUUGGUUCUUUCUUUGUUUGCAUUUCUUUGUGUUUCUGCAAUAAAACCAGCAGAAAAAGCAAGAUUUGACAACUACCGAUUAUAUCAAGUUUCGAUUGAAAAUGAAGAACAAUUUCGUCUGAUGAAGGAAAUUGAAAAUCAUCCAGAUGGUUACCAAUUUUGGGAUUUUCCUGGCGAGAUUGGAAAACAUGCAGAUUUGGUCGUUCCACCUCACAAGUUUGGAGAAUUCAGUGAACUUGUUGAAACUUUUGAGCUUAAAUCGCGAAUGGUGAAUGAAAAUUUACAAGAACUCUUUGAUAACGAACAACCGAAGAAGCGAAGUAAAGCUGUUGGAGACUGGACCAGUUACUGGACUUACGAUGAAAUUAAUGAAUGGCUCGACUCCUUAGUUGAAACAUAUCCUGGUAUUGUCAGUCAUGUGAAUGUUGGGAAAUCUUAUCAAAGUCGUGACAUUCGAGGUGUUAAAGUGAAUAUUGGUGGGGGUCAGAAGAAUUCCGUCGUACUCGAAGCUACAAUUCAUGCGAGAGAAUGGAUUUCAACUGCUACAACUACUUGGAUGUUAAAUGAACUGCUUACAUCGACAGACCCUGAAGUUCAAGACAUUGCAAAAAGCUUUGAAUGGUACGUUUUUCCAGUGACUAAUCCCGAUGGUUACGUCUACACAUGGACAACAAAUCGUUCAUGGCGGAAGACAAGAAAGCCGUCCAAUGCAAUUUGUUUCGGUGCCGAUCCUAAUCGAAACUGGGACAAUCAUUUUGCAGAAGGUGGAGCGUCAACAAACCCCUGCAGUGAUCUUUAUGCUGGGUCAGCUCCAUUUUCAGAACCAGAAACAAAAGCUUUAUCAGAAUAUUUGAGGACAAUUCCAAACUUGGUUGGUUACUUUGCAUUCCAUGCUUAUGGGCAAAUGAUGAUGACGCCUUUCGGAUGGACAAAAGAAUUACUGGGAAAUUAUCACGAACUUUAUGAGAUUGGACAGAAAGGAGUUGAAGCUUUGACAGCGAAGUUUGGUACCAGAUACAGUCUCGGGUCCAUUGCUAAUGUUAUCUAUAUCGCAUCGGGAUCAAGCGUUGAUUGGGUGAAAGAUACUUUAAAAGCCAAUAUUACUUAUGCUUAUGAAUUCAGAGAUGAAGGAAGAGACAAAUUCAUUCUGCCUGCUGAUCAAAUUAUUGAUAAUUCUAUAGAAGUUUUCGCGUCACUUGUUACGAUCAUGAAAGAAGCGAAAAGUCGUGGAAGUGCUUAAAGCUGACAUUUUUUAUUUAAUUAAAGUAAAUGUUGAACAGAGUUUCAUUUAAACUAGUAAUAAAAGGAAUAAAAAUUUGUUUAUUGCUGUUGGUAAAAUUGAAUUGCAACGAUUAAGAAAGUCGAUGUUGAAAUUAUAAUCUGAAAGAAGAUAAAUAAUUAAAUAAAUACCUACCUAAUUUACACAAAAGUACGAAAUAAAACUCACAUUCAUGAAA